CAAUCCCCUGCCUGCGAAACACCUUGGUCAGCCUUGGCUCGCACUUCUGCAUCUUCUUUCACUCGCUCGACUUUACGUGUUCAAAUCUCAAUAUUUUCGACGGCAUUUCGACUUCCCAUCCAGCAGACCCGAAACCCUUAUCAUCAUGGAGCCCAUCGAAUCCGAGCAGACGCCUUUUGAGGCCGUCACUGCACAAACCUCGAGAUUACAGAGGAGAUACCAAGCGCUACUCGAUCAGUCCACUCCCUUUGUGCUGUACCGAUGGGUCGGAACCGGCGUCGCCUUGUUCUUGUUCUUCGUGCGCGUCUUCGUGGCGCAAGGCUGGUAUAUCGUCGCAUACGCCUUGGGGAUCUAUCUCCUCAACCUCUUCCUCGCCUUCCUCCAGCCCAAGUUUGACCCCUCCAAUGAGGCGAUAGAUAACGAGAUGGAGGAUGGUGCAGUCGGCGGUCUGCCCACCAAGCAGGACGAGGAGUUUCGCCCGUUCAUCCGCCGUCUCCCCGAGUUCAAGUUCUGGCACUCGGCCACCAGAGCCGUCACUAUUGCGUUUGUGUGCAGCUGGUUCGAGAUCUUCAAUGUCCCAGUUUUCUGGCCUGUCCUGGUCAUGUACUGGUUCAUGCUUUUCAUCCUCACCAUGAGAAAGCAAAUCCAGCACAUGGUCAAGUACCGCUACGUGCCGUUCACGUUCGGCAAGACCCGCUACAACAAGAACAGGAACUAGAUGUUGCGGCGAGAAUAACGACCUGGGAAGAUGUCGUUUCGGGACGCCGAGGCCAAUCCUUGGAAUACAUUGUAUUAUGACACGCGCUCCGCGCUCAUGACGACCCUGUACAUUAUUUUAUGAGUACUCGUUCUAAUUCGCCUGCGGCCCCAAUGUCGGGUCCCGAGGCUGGACACUAAUCUGCCUUUCUGGGUCUUGGUUUGGGGUUAUAUAGUGUCUAUGUCGCCAGACGUGGCUUGGACAGGCUGAGGUACUAGACAGCAUCAGAGCGCAUUAUAGAACAGGGCGGAAUUGGUUGCACAAUGCUAAAUCCGACUGCCAUGUGGACAGAUGUUUGCCACUGCUUGAGGGCCGCCGAAGAGAGGGUUAAGGGGUUCGUAGAAAGAAACUCUGAGCAGGAGAAAUAAAUUCGAGGCUCGAUUUAAUUACUGUUGU